AUGGGAAUCCGAAAAGUUGAUCCAACUGUCAAGUCAAAAGAUGUAAAAAAAUGGUUGAAAAAACAAGAAACAUAUUCUCUUUUCAAGCAGAAUAAAAAUAGAUUCCCUAGACUACCAAUCUUAGUUGACAAAAUUGAUGAACAAUGGCAAAUAGAUUUGAUGGACAUGUCAUGGGUUAGCCAAUAUAAUGAUGGUUAUCGUUACCUACUAAAUGUGAUUGAUUGUUUUAGUAGAUUUGCCUGGUCACAACCGAUAAAAAAGAAGACAGGACCUGAAGUUGUUCAGGCAGUGGAAAAUAUCUUGAUAAAUAACAGGGUACCAGAAAAACUGCAAAGUGAUCAAGGUAAAGAGUUCAAAAAUUCUGCUUUCAAAGCUCUAAUGAAACGGAAAAAGAUAAAUCACUUUUACGCUACCGAUGGAAAAAUAAAAUGUGCGAUUGUUGAAAGAUUUAACGGAACUUUAAGAGCUCGUAUUUAUCGCUAUUUACAUCAUGUGAAUAGCGGUAAGUUCAUAAAUGUUCUUGAUGAGAUAGUUGAAUCUUAUAAUAAUUCUUUCCAUAGGACCAUUGGUAUGGCACCUGCCGAAGUAGGCCCUGAAAAUUCUUCAUUGGUUUUGAAAAAUAUACGGAAAAGUCAUCCAAGGGUUGAUGUAAAUUAUAAGCCGUUUGCUAUUGGUUCAAAAGUACGAAUAAGGCGAGAAAAAGGUAUUUUUGAGAAAGGAGCUAAAAGGAACUUCAAGUUAGAGAUAUUUACUAUAAACAGACACAAGAGGACAGCACAAGGAUGGAUCUAUUGGUUAGAAGAUUAUGCUGGAGAAGCAAUCACUUCGAUUUUCUACCACAAUGAACUUAUACCAGCUAUUGAACCAAGUUUAUAUCAGAUCGAGAAAAUAAUAAGAACAAGAAUAAACCCUAAUACAAAGAAAAAAGAGUACUUUGUCAAGUGGCGAGAUUAUCCAAGCAAAUUCAAUCAGUGGGUUCAAGAUGUGGAACCAACCUCAAGAGUAUUUUAUUGA